AUGGACUCUCACCCUGGCAAGUCACCAGCAGGGGUACAGAUCACAGGUGUGCCUGCACUCAGCAGGGUAAGGUCACCAGGCCUCAGCAGGGUCACCAGGUGCCUCAGCAGGGGCUCACCAGCCCCAGCAGGUACAGGUGCCCCAGCUUGGGGUGUGCCCAGCAGGGGUCACAGGCCCCCAGUCACCAGGUGUGCCCCAGCAGGGGUACAGCACCAGGUCAGCAGGGUGGCAGGGUCACCAGCUGCCUCAGGGGCACAGGGUCACCAGCUGCCCAGCAGCAGGGUCAGCAAGGGGCAGGGUUCACCAGGUGUGCCUCAGCAGGGCACAGGGUCACCAGCUGCCCCAGCAGGGGCACAGGGUGUGCCUCAGCAGGGGUCACCAGCUACAGGGUCACCAGCAGGCAGGGUCACAGGUGCCUUAGCAGGGGCAGGGUCACCAGCAGCAGGGGCACAGGGUCACCAGGUGUGCCUCAGCAGGGGCAGGGUCACCAGCUGCCUCAGCAGGGGUACCAGGUGUGCCCAGGUGUGGGUACAGGUCAGCAGGGUACAGGGUCACCAGGUGUACCUCAGGGCAGCCAGGGUACAGGGUCACCAGGUGUGCCUCAGCAGGGGGGUCACCAGCUGCCUCACACAGGGUGUGCCUAGCAGGGGUACAGGCCCACCAGCCGGCCUCACAGCAGGGUCACCAGCUGCCCCAGCAGGGGUACAGGGUCACCAGGUGCCCCAGCAGGGGUCAGGGGGCACAGGGUCACCAGCUCAGUACAGGGGCCUCCCCAGCCUCAGCAGGGCACAGGGUCACCAGGGUGCCCCCAGCAGGGGCAGGGUCACUGGUGCCCCCAGCAGGGCACAGGGUCAGCAGCAGGGGUACAGGGUCAGCACAGGCCUCAGCAGGGGCUCACCAGCUGCCCCCAGCAGGGGUACAGCCCAGGGGGUCACCAGGUGCCAGGUUGCCCCAGCAGGGGUACAGGGUCACCAGGUGUGCCCCAGCAGGGGUACAGGGUCACAGGGUCACCAGCUCUCAGCAGCAGGGUCACCAGGUGUGCCUCAGCAGGGGUACACAGGGUCACCAGGUGCCUCCCAGCAGGGUACAGGGUUACCAGGUGUGCUUCAGCAGGGUACAGGGUCACCAGGUGUGCCUCAUAGGGUACAUGGACAGGAAGGAAGUUAA